GUCGCUGGGGACGCCGACACGUCAUCCAGUGUUGAGUGUUGUACACCAAUAUAGAUUAGCGGUCCGGUACGUUAGACGUUUGAAAUAUUGAAAUUAAUAAAAGGAAACCAGGAGGAUGAGGAACAUUGAUGUUAAAGCUGUGAUUCAGGAUUUUGCGCGUACCAUUGCAAAAGCCAGAGAGCUGAGCGAAACCCCUGAGGUUAAAAUCGAGCAGCAUGAUACAUUUUUCAAGACAAAGGAUGGAAGAUUAAAGUUGCGAAAGUUUAAGGAUGGUGCGGCAGAGUUAAUUUUGUAUAAGCGACCCGAUGUUUUUGGACCAAAAUUAUCUACUUACGACAAAGUAGAGCUAAAUGCAGAUAUCGUAGAAUCGAUCACAAAUAUUUUGUCCCAAGCCAUGGGUGUGCUAGGAAUUGUUAAAAAGACAAGACUCUUGUAUACUGUGGGGCAAACUCGAAUCCACAUUGACAACGUCCACCUUUUGGGUUCUUUUAUAGAGUUGGAGGUAGUGCUGAAAGAAGAUCAGGACGUAGAAGAGGCACGGGACAUCGCUGAAAACCUCAUGCAGAAACUGUUCAUAAAAGAAGACGAUUUAGUCGCAAGCGCAUAUGUAGAUAUUCUUAAUUCCAAAUAACUAUCGUUUAUCCUGCUGCUUUCCCAUACAAAUGUAAAAAGAAAUAAUGGUUAAUUUACUUGCUCGAAGAUAUAAAGUAUAAUAUUUUUGAUAAUAAAUUAUACGUCUCAUCACAGAUGACAAA